AUGGAACUGGGCAGACAAUACACUUUGGACAUGCUACGACGGCCGAGAAGCCCGUUUCGGUCGCAGAGUCUGCUCAUUUCACGCAAAUGGGGUGGCAAUCUCUCAAGCAAGCGAAUGCUUGCCGAUAAAGCGCCAAUCGAUGAGCUUCCUGCAUCAAAACGUCUGCCGCAAUCACCUCUGAUCACACAUCCUCGGCCUGAUUUGACUCAAUCUCGAAAGAGCCGACCUACUCAUGCGGACAAGUCUGAGCUCGAGAAGAAUCCAUGGGCAGUAGCGCUUGCCUCGCCCGUGCGAAUGUGCACCGUAACGGGCGCGCGUAUACCGCGUGAUCUGCUCGGUGAAUGGGGUCUGGUGCGAAAGCCCGAUACGGAAAAUCACUACUUGCUUCCAGUUGGUCUCAUGAAAGAUGCUCUUCGGACGCGACCUAAAACCGAAACCGUCAAUCCCGAGGAGAUCUCAGAUUCACACGCUCAGGAAUCAAUCACCGAAGAUUCAAUGACACCAAAGUCAAUUCGCAAUGAGAAGCCAGGACAACAGCUCCUUCUUCGAAUGAUGAAUUCUAUGCCGCUGCUGCAAAGAUUAUCUAAGCCAUUAUCUCGAAAUAGUGGGAAACGUCCGGCCAUUGGCAAAAUUUUGCCAUUCAGAUGGAAACACCCAUUUGGUCCUAUCACUUCUCGCGUCGAAAAGCAAUUACUCUGGAGGCCCGAUAUGGUAGACUAUGUGUUGGAACAACGACGAAAAGGUGUCGUCGAAAAUCUAGAAAAGGCCCAGCGGAGACACGCUCGUCUCGAUCAGCCAAACGGAGCCUGGACUGUACUUCAGCUUCGGGACACAUCGGUCGAUGCGCUUUCGGAUGCUUUGAGCCAACUGGGAGCCCUCGAUCGGAUGGCCGCGGGUGUAGUCCUGCUCCUUUCACCCACUCGGGGAAUUCCGCGGUCUCUAGAGACCGUAUACAAUCCAACCACCCAGAGCGAGAUUCCCGUUUUCGACUUGUCAGUGCUGCUCGCUGCUUCAGAUUUGGCGAAGCUCCGCAAGACAGAGGCUCAGCACUUUCACCAAGACGCCCUGUUCUUUAGACCGGAUAAUCGCCUCGGUGUCGAUACUGUGCUCUCACUUUGGAGUUUGCAGCGAUACAUGGCAGGCAUCGUCUCUUGA